UGGAUCAUCGGAUCGUCGCACAGCUGAACCUCCUCCGGAGAAGGUCUUUCUGUGGUCGCCGGUUAGCAUCAUGUCGGGCGUUGCGGAUACUAAAUUAUACGACAUCCUCGGAGUUUCACCCUCUGCAUCUGAAAAUGAACUUAAAAAGGCCUACCGCAAAUUGGCCAAAGAAUACCAUCCUGACAAGAAUCCCGAAGCUGGAGAUAAGUUUAAAGAGAUAAGUUUCGCAUAUGAGGUAUUGACAAACCCAGAGAAAAAAGAGCUUUAUGAUCGCUAUGGAGAGCAAGGGCUACGGGAGGGAGGAGGAGGAGGGCCUGGCAUGGAAGAUAUCUUCUCUCACAUUUUUGGUGGAGGACUGUUUGGGUUCAUGGGGGGACAAGGAAGAGGACGCAAUGGAGGCAGGAGGAGAGGAGAUGAUAUGGUACACCCUCUGAAGGUUUCUCUUGAAGACUUGUACAAUGGAAAAACCACAAAACUGCAACUCAGUAAGAAUGUGCUGUGUAGUGCCUGUAAUGGUCAGGGUGGUAAGGCAGGAGCAGUGCAGAAAUGCGUGGCAUGCAGAGGACGAGGCAUGAGAAUCAUGAUUAGACAGCUGGCUCCAGGAAUGGUUCAGCAGAUGCAGUCAGUGUGCACAGACUGCAAUGGGGAGGGUGAAGUAAUAAAUGAGAAGGAUCGCUGCAGAAAGUGCGAGGGCCAUAAAGUGUGUAAGGAGACUAAGCUUCUGGAAGUUCAUGUGGACAAGGGAAUGAGACAUGGACAGAAGAUCACAUUUGCUGGAGAAGCUGACCAAGCCCCAGGCAUGGAACCAGGAGAUAUAGUUCUGGUGCUGCAAGAGAAGGAACACGAGGAUUUCCGUCGUGAUGGCAGUGAUCUUCACAUGGUCCAUCGUAUCGGCUUGGUUGAGGCUCUCUGCGGCUUCCUGUUUACAGUCACACACCUGGAUGGACGUCAGUUGCUUGUUAAAUAUCCAGCUGGAAAGGUCAUUGAGCCAGGCUGCAUUCGAGUGGUGAAAGGAGAGGGAAUGCCACAGUACAGAAAUCCAUUUGAGAAGGGAGAUCUUUACAUCAAGUUUGAUGUCCAGUUCCCUGAAAACAACUGGAUUAACCCUGAAAAACUGAAUGAACUUGAGUGCUUGCUGCCUGCUCGUGCCGAGACUCCCGUCAUUGCAGCAGAUGCAGAGGAAGUUGACCUAACAGAUUUUGACAGGAGUCAAGGUUCAGGAAGUGGAGCCAGAAGAGAGGCCUACAAUGACAGUUCUGAUGAGGAAGGGGGCCAUCAUGGCCCAGGAGUGCAGUGCGCACAUCAAUAGAAAGACUACAGACUUGCACACACAUAGAAGUGUAAAAAAAACAAACAUCCCUUAAGUCCCAUUGCUAAGACCAUUCAAGAUUUGCUGCACAUACAUUUUUCUCCUUUCAUGAGUCACAUGAAAAAGAAAAAAAAAAAAUUACACACAAAUCACCCCCACCCCCCGAGCUCCAUGGUGCCCAUAAGUCAGAGAGAUCCUGGAUAUGUAAUGACCGCUUUAUGUUUAUGAACAAUAGUGUUCUUCAAAGCCAGCAGCAAGAAGGUGGUCCCACCUUUCAGAGCUUUACUGAGUGAACUUGACUCGGAUCCCUUUGUUUUCAUCCUAAAUGUUUACCCUUCACUACGGGAAAGACUAGUCUAACGUAUAAAAUGAAAAAAAAUUUUUUUGACCGUCUUGUCAAAGAUGUAGUUUAAAGUCAGUUACACACAAGCGCAUGCUGCUGUUUGCUUAAGAGCUUGACCAGGUAGAUCUGGGGUUCAGACACUACAGAAAAAUCUGGCACCACAACCGUUUAAAUUUCAGUGCGUCACUGCUAUCAAAGUGCCCUGCUCCCAUCAGUGCUAACCUGAUUAUAUCUUAAAAGGAGACCCUGGCAUAUUUUGAAAAUGGGAUUUGCUUGUUGUGUUCAUUUCCUAGCUGCCACACUUACAUUAAAGGCCUCACUAAAGCACCUGCCUGCCAGGUACAUGUUGUUUUUGUUUUUAAAGUCUGAAGUAUAAGCUGUUUCUGUCCAUUUUAGUGUGUAUGAUACGCCCCUUUUCAGACAUUCGGACAUGGCAGAAAUGACAUUGCUGGCUUCACUAAAGUGGUGAAAUUCUAUCAUUAUAGACAUGGAGCACCUUUAAUUUCCUUAAUUCAGACCUAGCCUUGACUGUGACAGAGUAAAUUUUUGAAUGUUUAGUUCUCUCCAUCAGUGUAACAUGGGGCAGGUUGUGAUUGUGUGUGUACUGCAUGGUGCUGCUGAGAGAACUGUACCGUGCCUGUAACACAUGCACCCAGGGACAGAAAUUUCUCUUCUGGAUUAGGAAUAGCAAAACUGCGUCACUGACAAAAUCAAGUUGUUGAGGAAAAAUGUCAUGUUACAGUUAUGACUCCCACAGAUGCAUGCACACACGUUCAGUCUUUGUCAUUCCUGAAGAGUGAAGAUUGUUCAGACAUGAAGCUGACAUUUUUAGUUGCAGACAGAUUAAUUGAAAUGAUUGCAUGUCUGAAAGGGGGGGGGGGGGGGGGGUUCAGUGUGUUUGAGACCUCUGAACUUGAAGUUUUGUGUUUAUUUGAGUUGAGGUCACACUUGUAUACUUCUUGUAUGUGUGUAAUGCAGCGGCUCAGUGGGAGCUGCUGUUGAAUGUUCUGGCUUAUUAGGGUGGUAGGUAUUCCUGCUUUGUAUUGGACUGCAGUGUGAGUGGGUAUUAAAUAAAUUUAGGGAAGGGGGGGAAAAAAAAAGAAUGUUAUUUUCUGAGAAUCUUCCCCACAUGGACAGACAUUUUUCUUCUACUCACCAGGACUGAGAAGUCCUGGCUUGCAGGAAAACCACUGAGCCUGCACCAAACCAAACCCUCUAUAUUAUACAUAUCUCCUUAUUGUAGAGUUGUUAGCCAAACCUAUGUCCCUUAACAUGUUAUAAGACGCCCAUCCCCAUAUACCUGUAAAUAAAUACAGUCCUAUUCCACAGGUGCAUUCAGAGUCUACAGCAGUGUUUUUCAUUAGCCACAACUUUUUCUUAAGUAAGCAAGUAAUGCUAAUGUUAUGUUUAGAUCAAGAAAAGCUAUUGGAGCCACUGUAGACUUUCAUCAUGCACCUCUGUGACUCAUUGUGUAUUUAAUUUAGGCCACGGGAUAAUGUGUACACAAUUUAAGGAGGGUCAUUGGUAAAUUACAUUAUUGUUGCUUAUGGUUGUCGAGAUCAUAAUUAAACUGUAAAAUAAAUGACUGCAAGUUCAUUGCUCGGUUCUGUUUUUAUAUGUACAACCUGUACUGACUUCUGAACAUUCUGUAUGAUAUGCUUUGUUGUAACCACAAACAGAAAGAAACACCACCACUGAUCUAAAAUCUCCAUCAUUAAAACUAAACACAUUUGA